AGGUAGGCUGGGUGAAGGAGCUCAUUUGCACACUGGCUUUGGAGCAAAUUGCACGCUCACACAGACACACACAUUCUGAAAGACACUGCACCGGUUGUAAGAGGGUAUCCCCGCCACUGAAGAACCCAGUCACUUAGGGGGGACAGACCACAUACAGCAGCCAAAUAUGGAUAUGGGAGGACUGGAUAACCUGGUGGCCAACACGGCCUACCUAAAAGCCCAGGGUGGUGAUGACAAGGAGAUGAAAAGGCGUCGUCGCAGCUUGGCUCUCCCCAAGCCUGAACAAUGUGCUCAAAUAAGAGCUUCCAUUGACAAGGACUUUACGUCGCUUUGUGAAAGGCAGCCUAUUGGCAAAAAGUUUUUCCGUCAAUUCCUGGCAAAUACCCCCGAGUAUAAGCUUGCUGUUGAUUUCCUCGAUGAGAUGUAUGACUGGGAUCUGGCUGAAGGUGCAACAAAAGACAAGGCACGGCAAAACAUCAUCAACAAGUAUUGCAAGGCUGAUUCCAAGACCUUCCUGUCCUUUCUUACCGGGGAGGCUGCUGACAAAUGCAAGGCUGUGACAGAUGCCAACUUUGAGGAGGUGAUGAAAAGCAAAGUCCAGGAAGGUGUAAGAGAUUUUCUAAAAGCCAAACCCUUCACAGAUUACCAGGCCAGUCCAUUAUUUGAUAAAUUCCUCCAGUGGAAAGAGUAUGAGAAACAGCCCAUCAGUGACAAAUACUUCUAUGAGUUCAGAACUCUGGGGAAAGGAGGCUUUGGAGAGGUAUGUGCUGUUCAGGUGAAGAACACAGGCCAGAUGUACGCCUGCAAGAAGUUGUGUAAAAAGCGACUGAAGAAGAAGGGUGGUGAGAAGAUGGCCCUGUUGGAGAAGAAGAUCUUGGAGAAGGUUAACAGCCUGUUUCUGGUCAACUUGGGCUACGCGUAUGAUACCAAGACCCACUUGUGCCUUGUCAUGACCCUGAUGAAUGGAGGAGACCUCAAGUACCACAUUUACAACAUAGGCUAUGAUGGUAAGGGUGUGGACAAGGGCAUUGAGAUGAAGCGCAUCAUCCACUACACAGCGCAGAUCACCACCGGCAUUCUGCAUCUGCACAACAUGGAUAUCAUAUACCGUGACAUGAAGCCAGAGAAUGUGUUGCUGGAUAGCCAAGGCCAGUGCCGACUUUCAGAUUUGGGUCUGGCCAUAGAGAUUGUUCCAGGGAAGACUGUCACCCAGAUGGCUGGUACUGGAGCAUACAUGGCCCCUGAGCUCCUGAACAAAACUCCAUACAGGACAUCAGUGGACUGGUGGGCCCUGGGCUGCAGUAUCUAUGAGAUGGUGGCUGGCUACACACCUUUCAAAGGCCCUGAAAGCAAGAAGGAAAAGGUGGAGAAGGAGGAGGUACAGCGCCGCAUUCUCAACGAGGAACCCAAGUGGGAGCACAGGUGCUUUGAUGCGGCCACCAAGGACAUCAUCCAGCAGUUCCUCAAGAAGAAAAUAGAUGAGCGCCUGGGCAUGACGAACAACAUGGAGGAUCCCAGGAAGCACGAGUGGUUCAAGAGCAUCAACUUCCCCCGUCUGGAGGCCGGGCUGGUGGAUCCUCCUUGGACGCCCAAGCCCAACAUCGUCUACGCCAAGGACACGGGCGACAUCGCAGAGUUCUCCGAGAUCAAGGGCAUCGAGUUUGACGCCAAGGACGACAAAUUCUUCAAGGAGUUUAGCACAGGCGCCGUGCCCAUUCAGUGGCAGCAGGAGAUGAUUGACACUGGACUGUUUGACGAGCUCAGUGACCCCAACAGGAAAGAGGGUGGAGGAGAUCCUGAUGAGGACAAGAAGUCUGGCACAUGUAUUUUGCUGUGAGAAGCCACGUGUUUGAUAAGAUAUACCAGUAAUAACACUCAAUAAUUUGUUUGUUUUCUCAGUCAGAUGCACAUUAACAUGUAAAAGAUGGAUCAUGUUUUAAGAAAGAGUCGAGCAAGAGCAUCUGUGUUGAGAAACAUGUACCAUCCCUCUCUUGUAAGGAUGCUCAUGGUUUAGCGAUGUACUGCUUUUGAAGCACGGUUCAGUAAAACAUGGAGGAUGUGAUGAUGUAUUUUGGGCAUCAUCUCUCUGGUUCACUGCUUCUCUUGCAAAUAUACAUAUCUAAUGAUGUAGACUUGCAACCACGUUGACCAUAAAUCUAAUAAAUUAGAUUAGUUUCAAAGGCCUUUGUGCCAGAAAUACUAUAUUACUUUAUGAAGAAAAUGUCUAAAUCAAAAUCGACCAUGCAACCAUGUGACCAUGUGGCAUGCGAGUAUCAGUUUGAGUAUCCUCUAGUGGAUUGUGUGAAAGUUACAGCAUCUCUUAGCACUCCACCACCAUCUUAUGCCCUUUAUUGAUGCCAUCAUGAGGUCACGCAAUGAAGAGGGCUUUUUAAUGUGGCAGAGACAGUUCUAGUGUUUAAUAUUAUAUAUGUCACAGGUGGUUUUCCUUCCGUCCAACGUUUUAGUUUUAUAAAAGCUGUAAAAAGCAAUUGUAUGUAUUGUAUAUAAAUAAAUCUAUCUAUAUCUGUGCACAGAGAGAAAGGCAACGUUGUAUGUCAUUUAAAAUGUAGGAUUUAUUUUAAAGAAAAUUAGGAAUACUGAACACCUCCUCACUGAGUCCCUCGACUGUUGGUGCUAUGAGGCUCAACUUAGUGAGAAAUGGAGACUCUUUAGCCCUGGGAUGCUGAGAGAUGAGUGCAGGAACAGAAGUUAAACACUGCAUAUGAAGGAGGAAAAUUUAGAGGAGUCGGGCAAUGAAUUCCUGUACCAGGAAUGUGCAGGUUUCCCUGUCCAUGGCCCUGAAACACUGUGAUACUUCAGGGCUCUUUUCUGUUUGAGAUGAGUGUGAAUAACUCAAACUAGCCAGAUCCUGAAAAAGAUUCCAUUGUUGUGGUCGUUAAGCUGAGUAUAGAGACUUGGGUUAGCUCAGAAGAAAAUCCUUGUUAUUCUUGUUUACUUGUUUCCAUAUCUACCAGAGUUGAGUACAUUGAGUUAAUGUUAAUAUGAUAUAAUAUGUGAUACAUGUACUUGUAAAUAUAACAUGAGAGGAAUUGCCAUUAGAAAUGUCAGAUGUAAAGCAGAAACUUCCUUGAAUCUUGCAUCAUUUGAAUAAAUCAAAAUAUGUCUUUUAAAA